AUGCAUUCCCAUUUUUAUCUAUUUGCAGGAAGCAGCAAGUAUAGGACUCUGGCUGAAGGGAUACUAAACGUCGGACAUGCAGAGAUUUCUGCUCGGGUUUUCACGUUUUAUGAAUUGGCUGCUUCAACUGACAACUUCAAUCCUGGUAGUCUGUUGGGCGAAGGUGGAUUUGGGAGGGUGUACAAAGGAUACAUAGAGAGCAUUGAUAAGGUUGUGGCUGUCAAGCAACUUGACAGAAAAGGAUUGCAAGGAACUAGAGAAUUCUUUGCGGAGGUUCUUAUGUUAAGUCUGGUUCAUCACCCAAAUCUUGUUAACUUGGUUGGAUAUUGUGCAGAUGGCGAUCAAAGAAUGUUAGUUUAUGAAUUCAUGGCCAAUGGGUCUUUGGAUAAUCACCUUCUAGAUUUAUCUCCAGAUGAAGAGCCUUUAGAUUGGUACACCAGGAUGAGAAUAGCUGAGGGAGCAGCUAAAGGACUAGAAUACUUGCAUGACUUUUCCAAACCACCGGUGAUUUAUCGCGACUUUAAAGCAUCUAACAUACUAUUAGAUGAGGAAUUCAGGCCGAAGCUCUCUGAUUUCGGACUUGCUAAGAUAGGUCCAACAGGAGGCAAGGACCAUGUAUCUACAAGGGUGAUGGGGACAUAUGGUUACUGCGCACCUGAGUAUGCUUCAACAGGUCAACUGACUACAAAGUCUGAUGUUUAUAGUUUUGGAGUUGUGUUUCUGGAAUUAAUCACAGGUAGAAGAUCUAUUGAUCCUGCAAGACACACUGAGGAGCAGAACCUUGUGACUUGGGCACAGCCACUUUUUAGUGACAGAAAAAAGUUUAUAUUAAUGGCCGACCCUCUGCUAAGAGGAAGGUAUCCUGUAAAGGGCCUCUAUCAAGCUCUUGCAGUUGCUGCAAUGUGUCUCCAACAGGAAGCUGACACCAGACCUUUGAUUGGUGAUGUUGUAACCGCUCUUGAGUAUCUAUCCAAGCCGAGAAAUGUGCUAGGGAUUCAUUAAAAACAUGACAGAACUAAAAUAAGCCUCAACUAGGAUGCGGACACCUGACCUUUGAUGUGUGAUAUAUUGUAACCGCUCUUGAGAAUCUGGCAAAGCCUGUAAAUGAUGAGAGAAGGUGCUACGAAUUCAGCAAAAUAAAAUGGAAUUGCAAUAGACCUCUACUUCUGUUUGUCUUUCUGGAUACAUGAAAACAUUGUACGAAUAAAAAAAGUUAUAAUAGUUUCAGUCCUAGUACGGAUCAAAUAAGUAAAAAUUCAUUCCUGCAUGGGAUGAGAGGUUCACAGACUUAGCAGCUUUCUGCUAUAGCUCAUAAUCUCUCUGAACGCCAUAUCAAUAGAAUCUAGCAAUCUAGAUUUGAUUCAAUCCUUUUUCAUUGUGUUGGAAGAUUGUGCUGAUCCUUGGUGGGAACUUCAGACACAGUAACAUUGCGGGCAAUUAAAGCUUUUGAGUCAUUGCAAGCUUUCAAACAUAUAGGAAUUACCAGGAUAGUUGUUGUCAUGUUGAUUUCCACAGCAGGCACACCACAAUCUCCAAGAGAAAACAAGAAACUCCAGCAUUUGGUACUAUACCACUCCAAGAAAGCACAAUCUUUGAAGAUUAUUAUCAGAUUUAGCCAUCAGCCUAGGAGCAUCUGAAACAGCAUGAUGUUCAAAAAGCUGUGCUUAAUGGAUCCUUACGCUCACUCUGACACCAUCAUUCAAAAAGAUUGCACUUAACAUAGGUGGAACUGACGAGAGAGAUAUCAUCCUAGAAGGUCUGGACU